UAUAAAGACCAAAAUCUCUCUGUCACUCUUUCUCUCUGCACCACCUCACCUUUCCAUUUCCUCCGGUUUCGCCAUCCUCCUCUGCAUCGAUGACGAAAUGGACGCCAAAGGAGCCCCGCCGCAACGGACUGGGCGGCGGAAACGUCGAUGGUGACGCCGUCUCCGGCGGAUUGGUGAGGCUCCGGUGCUCUGUGCAGAACUACGACUGGGGGAUCGAGGGCCACGAUUCCCAGGUCGCGAGGCUCUUCUCCCUCAAUUCCGGGUCGGGCAUUGAUCCGCUCAAGCCUUACGCCGAGCUCUGGAUCGGGACUCAUGAAUCGGGUCCAUCCUUUGUUGUGGAUCGCGAUGGCGACAACAAUGGCGGUGAUGUCGGCGUCGUCGGGUUGGGUUCCGUGAGCCUCAAGUCGUGGAUCUCGACGAACCCUAAUGUGCUCGGACACAAGGUCGCGAGAAAAUGGGGGAAUGAUCUCCCUUUCCUGUUCAAGGUGCUAUCUGUGCAAAAUGCACUAUCAAUACAAGUGCAUCCAGAUAAGGAAUGGGCGAGAAUUCUGCAUAAGUCGCGGCCAAGUGUAUACAAGGAUGAUAAUUAUAAGCCAGAAAUGGCAUUGGCGAUUACUGAGUUUGAAGCACUCUGUGGAUUUAUCAGUACCAAGGAACUGAGGGAAGUGCUUCUUACUAUUCCUGAGAUUGUGGAACUGAUUGGGUUGGAGAACACAGAGAAAGUUCUAUGUAUGAAAGAGCAGGAAAAAGAUCAGGAAGCCAAGUCUAUCUUAGAGUUCAUCUUCGCCAAAAUUCUCGUGUCAAGUCAAGAGAGAAUUUCUGAUACCAUAACGAAACUCAAAAGGCGAUUACAGACAGAAAAGAAGAAAAGGCUGCUCAGUGAUAAAGAACAGUUGGUGCUCAAGCUGGAGCGGCAGUAUCCAACCGACACUGGAAUUCUUGCAGCGUUUUUGUUGAACUACGUGAAACUGAAUCGAGGUGAAGCUUUGUACUUGGGACCAAACGAGCCUCAUGCUUACAUCCGCGGAGAAUGCGUAGAGUGUAUGGCAACCUCGGACAAUGUCGUUCGUGCCGGUCUCACUUCCAAGUACAGAGACACUAAAACCCUUCUCUCAAUGCUUACGUAUAAACAGGGCUUCCCCGAGAUAUUACGAGGGAUUCCUCUGAAUCGUCACACGAAGAGGUAUCUCCCACCAUUUGAGGAAUUCGAAGUUGACAGAUGCAUCUUAGGAGAAGCAGAGUGGACCGUGUUCCCGUCCGUGGCUGGGCCAUCGCUCUUUAUAUGCCUUACAGGACAAGGAACGAUGGAAUCCGACGAGGGUCACAGACCAGAAACCCUAGGAGAGGGUGACGUACUGUUCGUGGCGGCUAACGUGCAGGUCAGGGUAACGGCGGAGUCAAGGGAGAUGGAAUUGUAUAGAGCUGGAGUUAGCAGCAGAUGCUUUCAGGCUUCUUCAUGAAAACUCUUCAGAGUAAAAUUUUAUUAGUCACAAGGGAAGGGUAUGUGAAAUUCAUUAGAUUUUCUUCAAAGUCACACCCAUAUAUAUGUAUAUCUAUUUAUACUAUAUAUGCGAUGCGGUUGAAUGUUAAAUAAAAUUCAACUACGUUGGUGUUGAAUCCA